UUAAUCUCUUCCCGUCUGGCCCAUGUCAAUAAAUGGCUGGACGGGAGCGCUGUUGAUGCAGGGGGGGGCGUUUCUAAACGUCCCCCUGCAUCCAUUGCCUGUGCAUGCUCCCUGGAAGCACACGGCACCACGGUCAGUGCCUGCUGUGCACUCCAGACAUAGCGGAACACAGAUUGCUGUACGGGACCUCUGUGUGGGGUCCCAAUUCAUGUGAUCACUGACUGGCCAAUCAAUGAUCACAUGAACACUAGUAAGCAAGAUGUCACUUCCUGAUAUCAUUGCUUAAUACUUGUGAAAUCUGUGAAUGAUCGCAGAGGUCACAUGGUACAAGGCUAUUCACAACAGCCUUGUACCAUGUGACAAGCUGUGACCAAUAACAGCUCACACAGUAGUUCUCAAUGGCUGCAAGAAUGCAGCUAGAGAGAAGGAGGAAUGAUUGCUU